AUGGUCAUAGAUGUCGCUCGUACGUCCAUGAUGCAUGCGGCUGCCCCCCAUUUUCUGUGGCCGUUCGCGGUGAGGUACGCGGCGCAUCAGCUCAACCUUCACCCCCGGGUCUCUAGGCCUGCGAUGUCUCCAGCCUUGCUGUGGACGGGGAAGGUUGGCGAUGCGUCUGCGUUCCGUGUCUGGGGAUCUCGGGCGUUUGUCCGCGACUUGUCUGCGGACAAGCUGUCCCCUCGUGCUGCUCCCUGUGUCUUCCUUGGCUUCCCCACUGACGCCCCUGGGUGGCAGUUUUACCACCCCUCCUCUCGUCGUGUUCUGUCCUCCCAGGACGUCACGUUCGACGAGUCAGUUCCCUUCUACCGUCUCUUCCCCUACCGUACUCCCUCCCCCCCCCCCUCCCCCGGAUUUCCUGGUACCGACGCCGUUGACCCGGUCGAGGUUACUGGUGACUCUGGUGCUGCUGCGGGUGCUGAGCCUGGGGGUGCUGACGCUGGGGGUGCUGUGCGCGGGGGUGCUGAGCCUGAGGGUGCUGGGCCUGGGGGUGCUACUGCGGAGAGUGCGGAGCCUGGGGGUGCUGAGCCGGGGGGUGCUGUGCCUGGAGGUGCUGGGUCUGGGGGUGCUGGGUCGGGUGCUGCUGAGCCUGGGGGUGCUGAGCUGGGAGCUGCUGAGCCUGGGGGUGCUGCGUCUGGAGCUGCUGAGCCUGGGGUUUCUCCUGCUGCGCCUCGCCGGGAGCCCCUCUCUCCACAGGAGUUGCGCGAGUGGUUCGCUCGCCGCUGGAGGCGUGCUGCUGAGUCUGAGGGUGCUGCUGGGACUGGAGCUGGUGCUUCUUCGACCGUCGAGGGUGCUGGAGCUGCCGGUCCCGGAGCUGCUGGGCCUGCGGGCCCUCCUGGAGCUGGAGCUGCUGAGGGUGUUGGUGCUGAGCCUACUGCUGUUGGUCCUGCCGCAGGAGGAGUGGGUGGCGCUGGUGCUCUCGCUGAGGGUGCUGGUGCUGUCCCUGCUGCGUCUGGAGCUGCUGCGCGUCCUCGGCCGUACUUCGUUCCGCUCCUGCAGCAGGUUCUAGGUCUUUUUCCUCCAGUAGAGGGUCCACUGCCUGUCCAGUCGCAGUCCCUGCUGGAGCCUUCCUCUCCACUGCCUGCUCCCUCUCCUUAG